GAACUCUGUGACCCCGCAUCUGUCUGCCCGUCGCCUGACGUCACUGUGUUGCCGGAGGAGCGCGCCGCGCGCUGAAGCGCACGCGGCGUUCGUUUGCGCCUUUCUUCUUCUCUGUCGCCGUCACGUGAAAGCACAAACGAAUUGUCACAAAAAAUAAAAGCCUCCACGGAAGAGUGUGAAGAAAUGCGCGUGUCCUCACAACUCCACCUUCCAAACAGAACCGUGUCCCUUUAAAAACGUCUGACAAAAAAAGCCCAUAUGAUCCCCGAGCUCCAAUCACCAAUUCCUUCUGCAAAAGCAGCUCCUGCAUUUUUGUCUGUCUGAUCGCCACAGCAGCGCGGGGGGAAAACGGGUCUGAGGAGAGGGCAAACCCUGGAGAAAUGUGACAAUCCCACGAGCAUUUUUCAUGGCGAGGGGGAAACGAGAUCGAAAGGAGUUAUUGUUGGACUCCUUCGAGCAUCGAGACGCUGGAUCAAAAUGCUCAUAGUGGAGAAGACCACAGAUUUCCCCUCUGCUGAGUUCUCUCUGGUGGAGGAUGUAGCUCUGCACUUUACCUGUUUGAUGGACAGGCUGAAUGAGCAGCGCCUCUUCCAGCCUGACCUGUGUGAUGUCGACAUUGUUCUGGUGCGUCAGCACAGCACCUUCCCGGCCCACAAGGGCGUCCUGGCAGCCUACAGCCCUUUCUUCCACUCUCUUUUUGCCCAAAGCAAGCAGCUGCAGCGCGUGGACCUGUCGCUGGACGCCCUGACCUCCCAGGGCCUGCAGCAGAUCCUCAACUUCAUCUACACCUCCAAGCUCCUGGUUAGCAGCCGCACGGUCCGCGAUGUGCUCAAUGCUGCCACCCUGCUGCAGAUGACUGACAUCGCCGCCUCCUGCCGCGACCUCAUCAGCAGCCACUCGCUCAGAACGCCCUGCACGGAUAUGACCAGUCAGGAAGAGGUUGGCGGCAGUGACCCCGCUGCUCUGAUGAUGCCCCCCAGCCAGCUGUACAGAGAGAUCAAGCAGGAGUCAGAGCUCGGCAGAGUGUACAAGAGAGAAGGCAGCACGCCGCUGUCAGUCAGAGUGGAGGACGCAGCCAAGACGGAGCAGUACUACCAGGAAGAGGAGUGUGCGGGAGGCGGGGCCAGCUCGGGCGUGGCCGCUUUGUGCAAAGUGGAGGGGAAUGGUGAGGAUUCGAAGACGGCUGACGGCCACGCGUCCUUCAACAGAGACCAGAUCAUCGUUGAAGUCAACCUCAACAACCAAACGCUCAACGUGUCCAAGGGAUCGGAGGGCAAAUCCAACACAACCGCAGAGGGGAUGUUCAGCCGUCGCCGUGGCAACAAGCCAGACUCAGAGGGUGAUGAGGAGAAUGACGGAGGGAGUGAAGUUGGUGAAGAGGACGAGGAGGAUCUAAAGAGCAUAGCAAGGCAAAGCUGUGAGGACGAAGACGAGGAGGAGGAGGAUGAGGAAGAGGAGGAGGAGAACACUUUGAACAUUCCAGGUUUGGAGCAUCCAGCCAUGCUGGAUCGGCCUCGCCGGGGCAGCAGGGCGUUACCCAUGGCGGGCUCAACGGCGGCCAUGCGGCAGACGCUCGCAGAGGCCUCGGCGGCCAACCAGCGGCACGGCGGGAGGAGGAUGCUGGAGGCUGAGGGGCCGGGCCAGAAGGUGAGACUGGAGGAGAAGCAGCACUUCCCGUGUAAGAAAUGCCCUCGCAUCUUCAACAACCGCUGGUACCUGGAGAAGCACAUGAAUGUCACCCACAACCGCAUGCAGAUCUGCAACAACUGCGGGAAGCGCUUCCUGUUAGAGAGCGAGCUGCUGCUGCACCAGCAGACCGACUGCGAGAAGAGCAUCCAGUGUGUCACAUGUGGAAAAGCCUUCAAGAAGCUGUGGUCGUUGCAUGAGCACAACAAGAUCGUCCACGGAUAUGCGGAGAAGAAGUUCUCCUGCGAGAUCUGUGAGAAGAAGUUUUACACCAUGGCUCAUGUCAGGAAGCACAUGGUUGCACAUACGAAGGACAUGCCAUUCACCUGUGAGACGUGUGGGAAGUCGUUCAAGCGAAGCAUGUCCCUGAAGGUUCACUCACUGCAGCACUCUGGAGAGAAACCCUUCAAGUGUGAGAACUGCAGCGAGCGUUUCCAGUACAAAUACCAGCUGCGCUCCCACAUGAGCAUCCACAUCGGACACAAGCAGUUCAUGUGCCAGUGGUGUGGGAAGGACUUCAACAUGAAGCAGUACUUCGAUGAACACAUGAAGACACACACUGGAGAGAAGCCGUACAUCUGUGAGAUCUGCGGGAAGAGCUUCACCAGCCGACCCAACAUGAAGCGUCACCGGCGCACCCACACUGGAGAGAAGCCGUACCCCUGCGAGGUGUGCGGCCAGCGCUUCCGCUUCUCCAACAUGCUGAAGGCCCACAGGGAGAAAUGCUUCCACGUCAGCAACCCCGACUGCGGCGACCCCCUGGGGCUGGACCGGCCCCUGGCCUCUCCUGCCAUGGACUCUUCCUGCCAUCUGGGGACCCCAACCACGUCUGUGACCACACCCACCGCCGCCCAAAGCCCACAACCCCCCCACAGCACCCAGAUGUCAUUCCCUCUGCUGCACUCCAUCGGCGGUUUACCGCCCACAUCGCACUUACCCCCGCCGCCUCCAUUGUUCUC